AUGAGCGGCCGGUUGGCGGGAACCGGCAAGCUCUUGAUCUUGCCGGUGGAUCAAGGUUUUGAACAUGGUCCUGCCAGAAGCUUUGCAGCCAAUCCUGCCGGGUAUGAUCCUCUUUACCACUUUGAACUGGCUAUUGAUGCCGGAUGUAAUGCCUGUGCGGCUUCUUUGGGAUUCUUGGAGGCCGGCGCAGCGGAAUAUGCCGGCCACAUUCCAUUGAUCCUCAAGCUCAAUAACAGCGACUCUCUUUUCGGCGGCGACGACUACAAUCAAGCCGUGACGGGCAGCGUGCAGGACGCUCUUCGUUUGGGAUGUUGUGCGGUCGGGUACACCAUUUACCCCGGGUCGUCGUACAGCCAGGAGAUGUAUGAAAAUUUGCAGGAAUUGCCGAGGAAGCCAAGUCCGUCGGACUGGCCGUAG